AUGAGUGUGUCGUUUUCCCUCAACACGAAACCCCAAUCGAAUCGCCUCAAGAAAGCCACCGACCUCGCCCGUACAGACUCCCCCACCAGAAACUACGUCAGUGAAUUUCGCUCCGGCGAUGCUCCGCCGUCGCCGGACUCCAAGAUCAAGCCGAUCCCCCCGCUACCCGACCAGCUGCGCCCCUACAAGAAACUGAAAAACCUCCCCAACCUCCCCGCACUAUCCCAACCCAACGGCGACGACCGGGGCCUCCAGUUCGAGCUGGAUCCGAGUUCCUAUCCCGAGGCCUCCGAUAGCUCCAUGGGCUAUGGCCUCAACGUCCGCCAGCAAUCCCUCGCCACCCGCGGGCACGACGAGUCUGUCAACGAUUUUGAGCUGAGGAAACUGAGGGAGGACCUGGAGAAGCUCCCAGAGGCCACCGGGAUGGACGAGUUCUCAGAUGUGCCCGUGGAGGGUUUUGGGGCAGCUCUCCUUUCGGGCUAUGGCUGGAAGGAGGGCCAAGGCAUUGGCCGCAAUGCCAAGGAGGAUGUGAAGAUUCCGGAGGUCACAAGGAAGGCCGGCCGGGGUGGAUUAGGGUUUACGGAUGAAUUGCCCACUGCCCGUGCCGAAAGUAACACUAAUGCUGGGAAAAAUAAUAAGGCCAACACAAAUGGCGAACGGAAGAAAGAAAGAGAAACUCUCGGCCUAGGAAAGAAGGUGAGGAUCGUGAACGGUAGGGAUAUGGGUACCAAGGGUAAAAUAGUCGAGGUGAAGAAUGGCGGGGAUUUAUUGGUCCUGAGGAUUUCGGGGAGCGAUGACAAGGUGAGGGUCCGGUGUCGGGACGUGGCUGAGGUGGGGUCCGCGGAGGAGGAAAGGUGCGUUAGGAAGUUGAAGGAGUUGAAACUUAGAGAGAGAGAGGUCGAGAGAGAGAAAAAGCCAAUGAAGAAGAGAGGGGAGGAAGAGGAAAAGGGAAGAGGCAGCAGGAGAGUGAAUUGGCUGAGGAAUCAAAUUAGGGUUAGAAUCAUAAGUCGGGAGCUGAAGGGUGGGGGACUGUUUUCGCAAAAGGGUGUAGUUAUGGAUGUUGUGGGCCCCGGAACAUGCGAUGUGCUGAUUGACAAGAGCAGAGAAUUGGUCCAGGAGGUGGACCAGGAGUUUUUGGAGACUGCACUCCCGACACGUGGAGGGCCUGUGAUUGUGUUGUUCGGAAGGCAUAAAGGGGUGUACGGGAGCCUGGUGGAGAAGGAUCUUGAGAAGGAGACUGGUGUGGUUCGAGAUGCGGACACACACGACUUGCUCAAUGUAACGCUUGAUCAGAUUGCAGAGUAUGUUGGUGAUCCGACUGAUAUUGGUUACUGA